GUGCACCAUCCGGACCUGACAACGAUGCUAGGCUCACACAUGUCCUCUCCUCUGCAUACCCGUGUACUUCCCUGGGAGACGAGGCGGUGCCAGUCCUCCCGUGGGAGGUGUGCAUACGAGUCGUGGAGGGAGUAGCAGAGGGACUGCUGCAUCUGCAUUCCUUCUGUCACUCGCCCAUCAUGCACGGCCGUAUGAGCUUGCGUGCUGUCCUCAUGGAUCGCCACGUGGCGCCCAAACUCUCCAACUUUGGCAUGCCCCACUUCACCCCACACACCCCUGCUUCCGCCGCUGCUAGUGCUGGUGGUGCGUGCUGGUGCUAUGCCGCUCCAGAGCGUCUUGCCUCCUCCCCCACCAAGCCCCGCAGCCCCUUUGCCUCCUCCUCCCCUCCAGCCGCUACUACAGUCGUGACUGCUACAGCUGGCAAGGGGCAGGGGGGCAUGGAGGCGGCAGACGUGUUUGCGUUCAAGGUGGUGGUGUUUGAAAUCAUCUUAGGGCAGCACCCACACUACCCACGCCGCAUGCCAGCCUCGCUCGUUGAAUGGGUGGAAGGGCUGGCAGAGUUGGCUCUUCGGUGCACUCAGUGA